GGCGGCUGGCGCGGGAUGGGGGCAACUCGGAGCCGGCCUGGCUGUUGUGCCGGGGUCCCAGGCUACAGGCUCGCUAUCAUGGAUCCUCUUCGGGAAGCAAAUGGCACCUUUGCCUUAAACCUUUUGAAAAUCCUGGGUGAAGACAGCUCUAAAAAUGUGUUUUUCUCACCCAUGAGCAUCUCCUCAUCCCUGGCCAUGGUCUUCAUGGGGGCAAAGGGAAACACUGCAAGCCAGAUGGCUCAGGCACUCUCUUUGGAUAAGUGCAGUGGCAAUGGAGGUGGAGAUGUCCACCAGGGCUUCCAGUCACUUCUCACCGAAGUGAACAAGACUGGCACACAGUACUUGCUCAAAACAGCCAACAAGCUCUUCGGAGAGAAGACUUGUGACCUUCUAGCAUCUUUUAAAGAUUCCUGCCGCAAGUUCUACGAAGCAGAGAUGGAAGAGCUGGACUUUAAGGGUGACACAGAGCAGUCCCGACAGCACAUCAACACCUGGGUCGCCAAAAAGACAGAAGAUAAAAUCCAAGAGCUGCUGUCUCCAGGUGCGGUGAAUUCAGACACUGUGCUGGUCCUUGUAAAUGCCAUCUACUUUAAAGGGAACUGGGAGAAACAGUUUGACAAAGAGGACACCCAGGAGAUGCCUUUCAAAGUCUCCAAGAGGACCACAACUCUACCUGGUGCCACAAAACAUUGCAGUGGGAAAAUCACCAUUCUUACCCUGCUGGAAAAACAACAGAGGGCAGACAACCGUGUAAUGAAUGCCUGGCUCAUGGUUGGUGCUCAGUAA